GAACAGAAUACGUAAGUUUCGGCCUUGUAUUCUAACCCCGACGCCGCUGAAUAGUGAAUUUUGUACUGUUCUAUUUGGUGAUAAAACGAAAGUGACAUCGGUCGUAUGAUGAAAAGAGCAAUCAGAAAGUGCUGGCGUGAUUCAGCGUCGUUGAUAGUGCUAGCUAAACGUAAUGUGGACGCUGUUUCGAGUGCUAACGCAGGGGGCAGUAACUAUGAUAUUUUAUUGCAGACUCGGACGCGUAACGCUUCGUUCUCGAACGGUGUAGUGUUUCCGGGCGGUGUGAGCGAGGAGGCAGACGCGAGUGAUCAUUGGUUGCAUCUCCUCAACUCUUUCGGCUUCGGCCAGAACGAUUUCGAGGGUUUACACCGGCCUGGUGCGUUUGCAUCCCCAAUAUUUGCGAGUAACCCUAUACGAAGGCAUAUUGCGUUAAGGAUAAGUGCCAUUCGAGAAACCUUUGAGGAGCUCGGCCUACUCAUCUGCAGCUCCGAGCAGAAAGCUGACAGGAGCGGGAUAUGGGCAGACAUCCUAACUAAUAUCGAUGUUAAAUAUUGGCAGAGUCGGGUGAGCAAAGAUCCCGCAGAGCUAUUGAAUCUUUGCAAGGAGCACAGCUGUUACCCGGACAUAUGGGCGCUACAUUACUGGAGCAAUUGGUUGACUCCGUCGUUAGCACCUGUGAGAUUCAACACAGCCUUCUUCGUGACCGCCUUGGAGCAAAAACCAUCGGGCAUUCAAGCUAACAGCGAAGUGGUUAAAGUUGAGUGGGAGAAUUCAUUGGAAAUUUUAGAGAGAAAUAGCAGGAAGGAAGUGCUAUUGUACCCGCCCCAGGGUUAUGAGUUCCAUCGUUUAUCAAAGUUCAAUGACAUAGAGAAGCUUGCCCAAUUUGCGAAGAGAAUUAGCUGUGAGGGUAAUGAACUUUUGUACCCCGUUCAUCUGCAAACAAAGGAUGGUGCUAUACAUCUUUUACCAGGUGACUACUACUAUCCACCAAAUGUAGACCUCAAUGACGAAUCGUCGUUAAAAGAAGAAAAUCAAACCAUACUAGAACUAAGGGAUACCAAUAAAACACUCCAUCGCUUCGAAACAUCAGAAAAAGAAGUCAUAUUGGUUACAAAAAAUUAUAUACCUAAAAACCAUAUCAAUAUGGGUGACCUAGUCUUGCCCCUUAAUGUUAUUACAAUACAAAAGAGACAUUAAAUAAUCCAAUUGCAACCAGAG